CAGGCUACUGCAGGCUAAAAAAAUGGCUUGUUAUUUCAUUGAUGUUCUACUUGUAAUGCUUUUCUGCAUUAUUCUACCAUGUUUUUCAACAGAAGUUGGACAUUUAAACUCUACAUUGCCCAGAGAACUGCUGAUCUCCUCAUAUCAAGAAAGCCUUCAAAUGGUGCAUGAGACGUUCCUCCACUCCAGACAGCGACGAAGCACGCAGUCGUCUUCCCUGCAUGUGUUUACAUUCCUUCAGCAAACCAAGCCUGAGACCCUGGAGAUUCCUCAACGUGCAGAGGUGUUUCAAACAACUCUGCAAGUACUAAAGAGCAAAGCAGGACAAAUAUAUAAAAGGGAUCUCACAGCCACAGAACUGUUGUCAUGGAAGGACGUGGAGCUGAUUGCAGAGCUGUCUCAAUGUGUUCCUGCAACACAUCCAGCCACCUGUCAGCACAGUCAUCAGAACAAGUACCGCUCUAUAUCUGGCCUCUGCAAUAACAGGCAAAAUCCUCUCUGGGGAGCAGCCAACACUCCCUUGGUCAGAUGGCUUCCAGCUGAAUACGAAGACGGGGAGACAGAACCCAAGGGUUGGAACCGAGGACGGCUCUAUAAUGGAUUCCAACUUCCCUUGCCACGCGAAGUCAGCAGGAAAAUACUGAGGAGCUCUUCUAAAGGAAAGGAUGAUGUCUAUUCACAGCUACUGGUGGAGUGGGGUCAGUACAUAGCUCAUGACAUAAGUUUCACACCUCAGAGCAAAGGCAGUGCUGCUUUUCCCACUGGGGUGGACUGUUUGGCUACAUGUGAAAAUGUGCAUCCAUGCUUCCCCAUCCAGAUAGAUGAUACUGUAUCUGGUGCACAAGGCUGCAUGCCUUUUUUUCGCUCCAUACCAGCCUGCUACAUCAGUCCUGUGUGUAAUGUUGGACAAGCAGUGCAGCGACAACAGAUGAAUGCCAUGACAUCUUUUAUAGAUGCUUCGGUCGUGUAUGGCCACACUCCAAAGCUGGAGACCUCUCUCCGUGACCUUGAUGGCCUCAAUGGGAAACUUGCAGUCAAUGACCAAUUCAAGGACCCCAAGGGAAGACCCUACCUUCCAUAUGUAGCCACCCUGCCAUCAGCCUGCCACCAGGGACCACAGGGGGAGAGAGUGGAGUGUUUCAGUGCUGGAGACAGUCGGGUCAAUGAGGGUCUGCCCCUGACUACUUUGCAUACACUGUGGCUUAGGGAACACAAUCGGAUAGCAGAGGCACUGAAACACAUAAAUGGUCACUGGAGCCCAGAAACUAUAUACCAGGAAACUCGGAAGAUUAUUGGAGCUCUGCACCAGAUCAUAACCAUGAGAGAUUAUGUUCCAAAGAUUAUUGGCCCAGAGUCUUUUGAACAUUAUAUUGGACCAUUUGAGGGAUACGAUCCAACUGUGGACCCAUCAGCCUCCAAUGUGUUUGCCACUGCAGCACUCAGGUUCGGUCAUGCUACCAUCCCUCCAAUUCUGAGGAGACUAAACGAGAGCUUCCAGGAACAUGAGCACUUCCCCCACUUAAGACUGCACAACACUUUCUUCAGUCCAUGGAGAAUAGUCAAAGAAGGUGGAAUUGAACCAAUCCUGAGAGGUAUAAUUGGAAGUGCAGCAUCAGCUCAUAGUGCAGACAUGAUGGUAUCAGAGGAGCUAACAGAGAGGCUAGUUGUCCUCAACGUGCCACAGCACCUGGACCUGGCUUCACUGAAUCUGCAGAGAGGACGAGAUCACGCUCUCCCAGGAUACAAUGAUUGGCGAACAUUCUGUGGAUUGAAGACCAUAAAGACACUGGAUGAUUUCAAAGAGGUUGUGAGAGAUGACAGCAUUGCUAAGAAGAUAUUCAAAAUAUAUAAGCAUCCUGACAAUAUCGAUGUAUGGCUUGGAGGGCUUGUUGAAAACAUGUUACCUGGCUCAAGAACGGGUCCCCUCUUUGCUUGUCUGAUCGGAAAGCAGAUGAAAGCACACCGUGAUGGCGAUAGGUUUUGGUGGGAGGCUGAAGGUGUUUUCACCCAGCAACAGAAGGCUGAACUUUUAAAAGGUUCUCUAUCCCAGAUCAUCUGUGACAACACUGACAUAAGAGAAGUCCCUCCUGAUUCUUUCGGGCUCAGGAAAUACCCCUCUGGUCACAUCUCUUGUGACUGUAUACAGUCUAUGACUCUGGAGGCUUGGAGAGAGGAGAAGAGCCAAGACUUAGAACAGUGUGGCACUCCAAGAACAAUAAAGAAUGGGGAUUUUAUUUUGUCCUCUCUAUCUGGCAAACUGGUUGCCCAGUACUCCUGUUACCAUGGUUUCAAGUUAAGGGGUGCAGCUGCAGUAGUUUGUGAGGGAAAACAAUGGAGUGAUCAACCCCCACAAUGCACAAACGAGCCUGGGGAGGAUUUGUUCAUACACCACAGAUGUGCAUCAGCAACAUAUAGUAUCUGUCCUUGGUCAUGCAGUCAGCACUGUAGUGUUGUUGUCUGACUGGAGCUUUACUGCUAUCGGCUGGCAUGAAUAAAUAAAGAGAAAUGUUCUAGCAGGAAAUAUGUUGGGAAUGUGGCUACUUUAAGAUGUGAACCAUCUGCCUGUGAGUCUAAAUCUCAGUGGAAUUGUUAAGCUGCAUUUUAUUAUCCCCAAGUUCAGCAAAAAGCACAAAGCUGGACGUACUUUAAAUGCCACCCAUUUUUAAGCAGCCAUUUAUGUCAGAGUAGUAUUAAAAUCCUUGCAGAGACCUGGAGUUGGGUAAUUUAUCAUAGUAAGUGUCUAAUAACUCUCUACUCUAUGAGAUACAGUAAAUAUUGUUAUGGGAUUUAAGUUAAUAUUAUUUUCAAAUGAUGAGAAAAGGGAAAAAAAAAUUGACAACGAUCCUAAAGCUUGAUUUGAUUAACUUUUAACUACUCUUUAUUCAAAUUGUGUUGUCAGCGCAGAGAAAAAGCAUUGAGAGGAAUUAAUAUGAUUCUCAAAUAUAUUGUCAUUGCCCUGGCAGUCAGAUAAUUUGUCAGCAGACACCACUAACGGCUCAGACUUUAUUUUCUGCUGAUCUUUUGCUUUUAUCAACAACUGGCAUGACCAUGACCAUUUAAUAGGUCUGUAAUGAACACAAUUUUGACUAAUCAUAAUCAUGGACAAUCAAAAUUUUUAGCCAACAACAGUCUUGCUCAUGCCAAGGGCAGGAGAAUUCCCCACCACAUUAUUUUAAUGGUUAUAAGGCAGUUUUGGCCACUCAUCAUACCUGAUGUCCACCUCCCCCAUCAGCGGCCCUGUCUCUCAAUGUUACAAGAUAUUUUAUUGCACAACUUUGAGGAAAAUUCUAAUUUUGCUCUCAUAAAUCUGAGUUAGAUGUCAUGAUUAUGAGACACUAAGCUAAGAAGGUUGACUGCCAUUAGCUGGCUUGAUUGUUAGAUGUGUGAUAUCAAACUGACCUUGUUGUUUGUUUACAGGAACUCACUAAGACGCUGACUAACCACCCGAACCAGAACUGCUUCAGAGUUACAUAACCAACCUCAGGGAAUCAUUGCUAUCCUUGCUCUCUUUCUUUUUGUGUCAUGAUUUUGUAGAUUAAGAGUCUGUUUUUGUAAACAUCGAAUAAGACACAUUUUACAAAAUGAAUCUCAUAUUCUGGAAUCUGUUUAAUAUAUGUUAAACUUUUAUUCCAUCUCUUGAAUUGCAGUUAGAUAAACAUUGUUCAAUAAAAAUAUAUACA